AUGCCUUUUCCACAGGUCGCUGCCUUUCUUAUAGCUGUAGCUGACUUCGCCCUCGGAGGGCUCAUCUCCAAUGGCUUCCUGGUUACAAUGAUGGUGAUGGAAUGGGCAAAAUGCAAGAGGCUGAGUUCCAGCGGACAACUUCUUCUGAGUAUAGUGAACAGCACUUGGUCCUUCAUCCUUUGGUGCAAGCAGAGGAUCUCAUGGCUUAUCCCUCGGCUUCUGGUGGGAGCUCUACUUGUCUCCUUCAUUUCAUCUUUUUCAGGUUUCAUAACUCUUGCGUAUACUCCAUGGAGUAGCGUAACAAGCAACGUUACUAAUGGGACCCAAGGGAAGAAAGAGAUAGAUUAUUUGAGUUCUUUCAAACUGUUAGUAAUUAUUACUGGAAAUGUUUGCCCCUUUGUGGUGGUUUUACUUUGCACCAUCCUGUCGGUUGCUUCACUCUGCCGGCACCUCCAUCACAUGACAAGCGGAGAACCCAGGUUCCAAAGCUUCCAAACAAAAGCUCAUAUCAAGGCAAUUGGAACAUUGGUCUCCCUCUUCUUUCUAUAUAUUUCAUGGAUUUUAGCAAGCACUUUGCUUUAUGCUGAAAUUCAGACAGGAGAAAUAAUAGAUGCUUUUUCAGCAUCAGUGAUGAUUUUCUACUCUCCAGUUCAAGCAGUCAUCCUGGUGCUGGCUAACCGCAAACUAAAUCAAGCAGCUACUCAAAUACUUCAAAGAACACAGAUGUGA